AUGGCUGUGGGCAGCCUGCUCUUCCUGGCGGUGUUGGCCAUCGUGCACCACCCCCUGAUGGUCAGCGACAAGCAGGACCCGGCGACGGUGCAGCGGGUGCAGCAGCAGGAGCAGCGGCUGGCCCUGGAGAUGACGCGCCUGCAGCUGGAGUUUGAGCAGAGGAACCACGAGGAGAGGCCAAGCCCACACCAGAGCCUGGAGCCAGACCAGAGCCAGGGGGAGGAGGAGGCCACAGCGCUGAGGGUGGCGGCCGAGCAGGGGCCCGACAACGUGGCCUGGGAUGGGUGGCGCUAUGGGGUGCUGGUCAUUAUCCUGCUCGUUGAGCUCUGCAGGCCAAGCAUGGAGCCCGAGUCCAGCUACGACUCCAGCAGCGAGGAUGUCAGCAGUGAGGAGGAGGAAGACGAUGCCGAAGCAGCAUCCAGGGGCUCCUGCACCCAGCAUCCCGGCUUCCCAGACAGAGCGGCCCUGGAGCUCUUUUAUGAACAACACCUCCAGGGAGUGUCCAAGGACCUGGCCAGCACCUGUGAGUUUGUGGCAGGCCUGGUGAACACCCUGCUGGAGGCCUGCCGAGUCCUCACCUACCAGACCUUCCUCCCAGAGCUGGAGAACUGCAUUGGCGUGGCCAGCACCUUUGAAGGCUGGUGCCCCCAUAGGGACCCCAAGGCCUACCAGGUGCUCGUGCCCCUGCUGGCACCCAAGGGGCAUUCCUUCCGCCUGGAGAUGGAGAAUGCGGAGGGCACCCUGGAGAAGCAUGGCCAUGUCGUGGUGGAGCUGGAGUGCGUGUGCAAGAGGGAGAGGCUGCUGGGGGACGUGCUGUGCCUCCUGCAUCACUCCGAGGAAGACCUGAGUGACAACAAGCAGGGGCCCUUCCGUGUGCACAUCUUGUGCUCCAGCUCCCACCUGGAUGUGAGAAAAACCACCCUCUGGUUCCACAGCCUGGUAGGCAAGGCCUGGGCGCUCAUAGCUCACAACUACAGCUUCCAGCUCACGGCCCAGCCCUCUGCCUCCUCCUGCAAGCUCAGGCUGGCUUACGAGUCCAGGAGGGCCCUCUCCAUCGAGAUCAUACUCGGGGUGCAACAGGGAGACUCUCUGGUCUUCCUGGCCAGCCACGGGGCUGAGACGGGCCACCUGAGCAGCACAGUCUGGGUAGAGACCUUUGCUGUCCAGGAAAUGCUGUUCUUCCAGCUGGUGAGCAGGUACGCCCCACAGGACAGCUGCCACCUGAAAUGCCUCCAGAUCCUCAUCCACCUCAAGGAAUGCAGGCUGCCCACUCUGGAAAACAGGAUCCUCACCACCUACCACUUCAAAACUGCCCUGAUGCGCCUUCUGCUCCUCCUGCCGCUGUCGGAAUGGCGCCCGGAGCAGCUAGCUCAGAGGCUACAGGACAUCCUCUUGUACCUGCACCGUGGCCUGGAGGAGAAACGCCUCUACCACUUCCUGAUCGGAAACAGCGCCCUGCCCAACCAGAUCCCUGUCCCCAAGGCCUGCCGGAACGCUGAGCCGCUCAACCUCUUCCAGCACCUGGCACUGGAGCCUGCUGCUCAUGUCCAGGCAAUGAGCGAGUUCUUGGAAGUGAUGGAGCAAGUGAGGGCACUACUCCCACAGCGCAGCAAGCAGCAAGACAGUGUGGAUCCAAGGCAAUGAGCAGCCCAUCAUGCUGUGGGUCUGAUAGCCUAGCCCACCAUCCACAGCACAGAAUCACUAGUGGGAGUCAGAUCCUGCCACUGAUACCGGAGUGGAGCUAGAACAGCGUUGCUGAGCCAGGGGCAGGGCCAUCAGGGUUUGCCAGAGAUGCCACCCUGUGUGCCCUGGGCAUGGAGAGACCUGGGGACAGAGGGCAUGCAGAAGGUGCUGUUCAUUUAAAGCCUAGCCAGACAAACUUCCUAGUCCCAGAAAUGCUCCAGUAUUUUU